AUGGGAAAUCUGUAUGCAGGCUACUCAAGAUGCUGUAAACUUGAUUACGCGUGGAAAGAGAAGCAGGAUACACAUCUUCGGAUGGCCCUGGUCCGGGCCGCUAAAAACAGACGCGAGGGUCUUGUUAGAGUUCUCCUUAGGAAUGGUGCUGAAGGGUAUGGGAAGGAUCGGGAUGGUAGGACAGCACUAUGGGAGGGGGCGUCAAACGGCCAUGGGAAUAUCAUCAAGCUGCUGCUUGAGAACAGGCUGAAGUUGAGUCAAAGAGUAAUGAUGGCCGGGCACUACUAUCAGUGGCAGAAUUAA